AUGGUGGCAGAUAAAAAUCCUGAACAUGGAAAGGUGCCCCCCAUUGAGCUGGCCCUUUGUCUGUCAUGGCUUAUGAAUGCCAGAUUUUUCCAUGAUGGCAAGUUCACAUCAUGGUUGAGAAGUAUCGAAAGGAUGGAUGACUCGGAAGCAAACAUUAAGGUGGAGGGAGGGGGGGAGGGGACUUGGGGAGUGCGCCCCCAAGAUCCUCUACUUGUUCCCACAGCAGUUCUCCUGGCCCGGCGAGAAGUGCCAAUAAGAUAUCCAAGGACCACUAUAAACCAGUUGCAUAGAGCAACUGAGGAAACGCUUGUGUAUCGGCAACAUGCUCAGCUGUCUUGCCAACUCCCUGGUGCCCCUAAAUCAACUUUUUUGAUGGUUUUUAGCCCAGAUGGGUCUAAGGUAGCAUCAACUCAUGGUGACCAUAAUAUCUAUGUAAGUGAGGUAAAAACUGGACGGUGCAUCUGCACCCUGGAAGGUCAUCCCAGAACCCCCUGGUGUGUGGCUUUCCAUCCAGCCUCUAAUGAAAUUAUUGCCUCUGGAUGCCUAGGUGGGGAAGUAAGAGUCUGGGAUCUGAAGGGAGGUAGUGAAGUAUGGACCACAGAGAAAAAUACAGUCAUAGCAUCACUAGCCUUCCACCCAACAGAUAAAGUACUUGUGGUUGCAACCUUUAAUGAAAUAUAUUUUUGGGACUGGUUUCAACCUCACCCUUUUACUAAAAUAUCUACUGCAGAUGAAAAAGAGAAAAUUAGAUACGUUAAGUUUGAUCCACUUGGUCACAAACUCAUCACUGGCAUUGCAAACACAUCCCAUGAUCGACAGAGCCAUGGGGCCAGUAGAACCAGUGGAUGCACAAAUGGCUCUUUCCCUUCACAUUCAGAAUUAGUGGAAAGGGAGCAGCAGCUCUCACAUCGUUACAACCAAUUGUCAAGCCAGUACCUUAACUUAAUGUCACGAUAUGAAGCCCUUACCAGCAGAAAUUUCAAUUCAAGAACAUCUAAUAGAAUUGACAGGGGUACAGACCCCAUAGAUCCUCCUCCAACUCAAGGGCAACAAGCCUUGCUCAAUCAGGCCAGACAGUUUGCAAGACAGGUGACUGAGGAGAGGAGAGCAACUUUACAACGUCAGGAAUCAACAGGUGAAAUGCCAAGGAACAGAACCACAUGGGGGUCCCAAGACUCACAUUCUGGACGGGAUUCACAAGCCACUAAUGACCUAAAUGUAAGACUGGAGGAGGACUAUGGUCUUAGUGCAGUACGGACUCUGAGACAGAUUAUUAGUGAUGAUAGUGCAUCAUCUUCAAGUUUAGAUUCGAGUUCAUCUGCAACGAGUGGCACAAGUGGAAUAUCUGAGAGAAAUACUCGUCUUUCACUCCUGUGGACGUCAAGGCUUCACCGACCAGGGCAGGAUUCUGACAGUGCUGGAGAGGCUUCUAAUGUGCAGAGUUUAUGGGAUAAUGCUGUCAGCGGGAUGGGGGAUCUCCGAGCACCAAUGGGUGGGGAGGAAGGGGUUACAGGUAGUAGGAGAGGAGACAAUUUUGUUCUUGAUCGUAGGAAUUACAGACGAACUGAUGAUAGAGGCAGUGAUGAGGAUGAUGUAACAUUAGGCCCUGCUGGACUAAAUCUUCGAUCAACAGGGUCGCAAUCGGAGCGUCAAGGUACCCUUUGGGGUUACUUCACUAGUAAUGGUUCUGUGAUCCAACCAGGACGCUCAAGAGUGCCUAGGGAAAACAGAAGUGAAACUGAAAUUGAAACCAGUAGUAAUAACGCUGCUGAAAAUGUUAUUGGUAAUGAUGAACCAGAAAACUCACAAGAGAGUGCAGUGCAACAAAGAGUUGAAAACAAUGGUGCACCUUCUAGUGAUGCACAUAUACUCUCUCAAAGCGCAGGAACUGCUCCUCCAACAAGGGGAACAGAUCCUGUGAGACUCGGCAACACUGGUGAAAUUCCUCCAAGUGAUACUAAUGAGGAUCUUGCAGUGCCUGGGCCAUCAGGGUUGUCUGGAAUGCCACGCUCUCAGAUGUCUUCACUUUCUUCUGCGAUGAGGUAUCCAAGAUCUUCGUCAUUAGAUCCACAGUUUGGAGUACAACUUCUUAGUCGUCACAUUGAGAAUAUGCAAAGAAUAUGCAGAGCACAUUUAGAAAUAACAAGGCAUAGACAUGAGAUACUUCGCCUUCAGCAGAUCCGGUCUAUGUUAUAUGAUAUCCAGCACCAGAUACAUUCUCUGAGGGUUUCUGUUGAUCAGUCUAUGGAGGAUUUAAAUGGACCAUCAGCAGACAGUCCUCCCACAACCAGCCAGAGGGUUGGCAUUCCUAAUGAAGAUGACCCAAGUGCUCAGCCACCCAGCCUUGGUUCUAGUGAUAAUGUAUCCUCUCUGCCCCUGAUUCGUCACUGGUCCAGAACAAGCCCAAGAACUGUAGCCCGGCUGCAGCGGGGACCUUUUGGAACUAGGACACGCUCCAGACAUUCCCACAGACCCUGGGUGAUGUCUCCAUGCAUGCUUCGCCGCAUUCCUCGUCGUCGUGCUGUCCGCACUCGUCUUACCCUCCCUGGGCUGUCUGCAUCCCAUCAUGGAGCAAGUGGAGCACUGGGAGGAGGGCUGGGCAGGACAACCUCUCCAACAAGAGGAUUGAUAGAACCUGGAGCAUCAGCAUCAGGCACUGGAGCAGUGAUUGGCCCUCUGCCAACACCACCACCUGAUCAAGGAGAUUCUGAGGAACAACCAAGGGAUAUCGUGCGCAUUAUAUCUGGCAACCAGUAUGGUGCACACACUCGCACACAUCCCCAGAUAUUACAUCAUUCGUUUGAGCGACUUCAGGAACGGUUACGAGAAAGACAAGAAGCAUUAGAACAGCAGGAGAGACGUCUACAAGGCUUCCUUAAUGCAUCAUCACCUGCUUCAUCCACAACUUCAUCUGUGACUUCGUCUGCAUCCCAAGAUCAUGAAGAAGACCCACCAAGUCCACCAGAACAAUAUCGUCGAGCUGGACCCCCAACUACAUCUUUAGCAUCAAGAAUUGCGAAUAUGAUCGCUCAUCAAGUUGCAAAUGGUGCCAGUACAAGUACUGCUAGUUCAGAUCACGAAGGCACAAAUAACCAACCUGAAACAUCUGAUACCUCUACAACCAUGACUGAUAGAUCAGCAACACGUGGAUUAAAUAGGAAUACAGCAGGAUCAUCAGCUAGGUCCCCUGCAAGUUCAGCACGUAGACCUACACAUCGGUCUUCAGACAGGCCACUGAGUGUGCCAGAUAGACCCACUGUAGAGCCAUCCUCAAGUUCAUAUGACAGACUGAAUGAAAGGAGGUCAAGUGGGAGAAGUGAUGGGCCAUAUGAUAGACUGUCAGACAGGUGGUCAGAUUUUGACAAUAAUGUGCUGCGAUUGAGAAGCUGUGUUAGGCAGCAUGGUAGAAAUAGUGAUAGAUUGUCAGAGAGAACAACGGAAUCAGCAAGUCCAUGGGGUGGGCUUCCCCCUUCUCGGAUGUCUGUUCCUCCUGGACCUCCACCAACAGUACCCCCACCUUUGCCACAGUUGGAUGAGACUGAGGCACAAAGCAAUGAUUUGAAUAAUAAUUCUAGUCCAUGGCACAAUGCAAGACGUCGAUUACGACAAGACAUAAUGAAUACAAGGAGAGAUUCAGUUGGUCGUCUCCCUGGGAACUCGGGAGGUCCCGUUCGUUUACCCAUGGCAGCUCUUAGGUCACGUCACAUUACUACUGAACGAAUUUUAUUAAGGGAAGGACUCCGAAGGGAGAGAAGAGAUCGUUACAGGCAAAUUCUGCAGAGAAUGGCUGACCGCCUGAACAGUCUUGUAAACCAAGAACAAGAGCAGCAGCAGCAGAGGCAGCAGGAAAGGCAUCAGUCCUCAGACUCUGCCGAGGGAGAGCAAGAUAGUUCUAGCAGUUCAAUGGAUAACCACAUGCAAAAUUUACGGUUAUUAGUUCGAUUGGCACUUAACCUUAUCUACCAACUUCUGAACUUCAUCUGCAACCAAAACAUAUCGUAUGAGGAGCGUCCCAUCUCAAGACUCCCAAAUCCAUUCCGAGAUGAGGAGUUGGGUGCAAUUGGGGAGAGACAAAGAGGGGAUCUUCCCCCACCUAUGAGUUUGGAUCUAGAGCCUGGUCUUCACAAUUUAACAACUCUUCUGGAAACUGUACGUAUGGCUAGUGAAGAAUUAAGAAAUGAUGGAGUAGGAGGCAGUGCAGGAGAACCUGCCCCUCCACAGGAUAGCACAAGACCUAUAACAAAUGUUCCAAGACGACUAACAGACUUCCUGAGACGAUCAGGAACUUUGGCACGUCAGCAGGACCAAAAUAAUAGGCAGUCUGGUUGGAGUGGCAGCUCUGGUGCAAACACUCCUAGGCCACACUUGGUGAUACCAAGAAUCACUCUGAGCGACCCCAACGGGAGUGAGAGUCAAGUAGAGGAGGAGAAUGCAGCAGCAGCACUAGUCUCAUCAUCAGCCUACAAUGAUGCUGCAGAAUUUAGUACAAGGUCUGUGGCAGGAGUGCCAUUAAGGGUGCUUGGACGUCAAUAUGCAGUUGACAGACGAAGCCCAGACUCUGAGGAUUCUCCAGGUCCCCCUGAUGGGGUUCAAGAGGGACCAAGCCAACCUUCAGAUCAUACAUUCCCAUGGAGAGGUCAAACUCCCAAUGAGAGCGGACUACCAAGAGGAACUGGAGCAGACAUGAGCUUCCGUCCAAAUGUAACAAGAGCACCACCAGAUCGAGCUGCUGAAAGAGAAGCAGAUAAUUUUUUUAGUAGACCUUACUUUGCACAGCACUUUGGAGCAACAAGGAACAUGUCUGCAUCAGUGGUUACACAUCGGAUUCAGGCUUGGGACUUUACGCAUUAUAAUAUUCCUGAAAUUUCUGACAGUGCUGCUAAUGUAGUGGUUAGAAAAUGUAAAAUCCACAAUGAUGCAAGUGUUGAUAUCUCAAUUGAUGGAACCAUGUUGGCCGCCCUUGUGCCAGAGAGCCAGGCCAUGACCAUGGUCGGUGUAUACAGCUUAAGAGAAAAGUCACGUGGACAACUUCUCUAUAGCUAUAUUUUUGCACCAAAUACCAUCUGUGUCAGCCUCUCUCCUGUGGCACGGCAUUUAGUUGUUGGAUUUGCAUCACACACACCACGAUUUGUUUCACAUCAUAACACCAAGCAGGUUGUCGCACAAAUAUCAAUUUAUGUGACCAUCCUCUGUUCUAUGGCCGGGAAGCUGGACAUUACAGGUUCUUAUAGAUAUAGAAGUAGUAAGUUGAUCCCGCACACAUCAUUGAACUGCAUCAGAUGGCUCCAUACCCAGUGCAAGGGCUCAUCUACGGCACCAACAGGGGGCAGUUAAAUAUCCUAACGUUGAACUAACAGAUUAUUUUGGUCUGAAAGCUUGAUUUUUCAUAAGUUUUCACUCAUGCAAGCAUUGUGAAACAGUAGUCCAUCAUACCCAUUAAUUACAAAGACCUGUGAUAUAAUAAAAUUGUCACAUGAUAAUAGUAACAGCUCUUCGGUUGAUUUACUUUUAAUUUUUUUUUAUUUUUUAAUUUUUGUAUUUACUUAUUUUUUAUUGGAGGCCUUAAUCCAGUAAUAUAUUUUAAUGUAUUAUUUUCCUUUUUACAAUAGAAAUUAUGCUUUGUGGGUUUUCUAAGACAUGAUACUGCAUUUAAAGACCAAAGUUACUCUUAUUGACUGUUUUUAAAACUCAAUAGCUGCAUUAUUCAUAAAUGAAAUGGUUUAGUAUGUUAUGUCAGGAAAUUAGAAUGAAGUCUUUACUCUGGUGUUUUAAGUUUCCAAUCACAGAAUUUUAUAGGAGUUAUAAUUCUUGUUGUGUUUUUUGUCAUACUAUACUUUAUUUUGUUACACAAGAUUUUCUGUGUUGGGAUUGCAGUUCUCAGCAGGCAAGUUUAACCUGGAAAAAAUUCCUGAUCAUGCUAUCCUUGUUACAUCGAUAUUUCCAUAAUAUUCCUUAUUGACAAUAUAUGAAAUCACAGGUGGCAGCCAAUUUCCUGUUUCUUUACAACUCUUUGGAUCAGGGGUGGAUGGCAACAUAGGAAAAAUUUUUUUUUAACCCUGCUAGUAAUGGGAGCUUCAUGCACUAAAUUGGAUCACACAACUGGGCAAAUUCGCUGCUCAAGGGAAAAUUAGGAGCAUAUAAUUUUCCCUCUCUCUAUGUGUUUUGGCUAAAGCAUAUAUAACUCAUAAAAUGAAGAAGGGCUAAAAUGUGACUUCAAGCCUUUUUUGUGAAGGGCCUGUAGCUCCUCAAUCAUUGCAGCAAUGCCAAACAAGCUAGAAACUGUUCAGUGCAAACAACUUGCAGUGGGGCUCAGCAUGGUGUGGCAUGUGUUUUUUUUUUUUUUUUUUUUUUUUUUGUUAUUUUUUUUUGGAGUGGCAGUAUUCAGUUUUACAGUUUUUAUGGUAGGUAUUUAUUUAAUGUUAAACAUUAUAAUGACCAUUAAGUUAUUUAUGUGCCAUAUAGAUAUGGAGAGUGUUAUUAAUAACGUAUACCUUGUACGAUAUUUUAUGUUUUAUAGAUCCAUCAGAAGGAGCAAUGAUUUUUUAAGGAGAC